AGUAGAAAACGGAACAGACCUUAGUUGUUAGAAUAGACUAGCUAUGAAAGAAGCCAAAUGAAUGCAUCGCAUUAUUAUUGCGUUUCAUGUCACGGUUUCAUGUGCAUGGAUCACCGAAAGGAUCCAACACUGUCCACUUCCUCCCAAAUGCUGUUGUUGUACAGUAGGUCAGCUUGAUCCAUCCACCUUCUCACUUAUUGCUUGGCAAGUUUUUAGUUAUAAUAUUCAUCAGUCAGUCAGUCAGUCAGUCAAUCACCAUGGGAAAAAGUGUCCGUAACGAUGCUUCCAAGAAGCGCAAAGUCGAGGAAAUCACAACAACGGCAAACUCGGCAGACGACGUUACUACCGAAGAAAAUCUGAAACCUCCUGCCGCCGAUACGGCGAAUAAGAAAGACGGUGACAGUGGCAAUCCCUAUGACAAACUGCGCUGGAUCACCGUCACAAAUGAUGGUGAGCCAGCCAACAUGAUCAAAUUGGUGGGGCUCAAGAGUCUUUUUUCCAGGCAAUUGCCAAAAAUGCCUCGAGCCUACAUUGCGCGGUUGGUCUUUGACACUCGACACGAAAGCCUGGCGAUUCUGAGCGAUGAUCCGACCGUCAAAGAUUCGGACGACGAAAUCAUUGGAGCCAUUUGCUUUCGAGCCUUUCCAGAAAUGAGGUUUGCAGAGAUUGCAUUUUGUGCUGUCUCGGCUUCGCAUCAAGUCAAGGGGUACGGAACAAAGCUCAUGAACUUGGUCAAGCAGGAAGGAGCCAGAAGAGGAAUCGAAUACUUUAUUACCUAUGCAGACAAUUACGCCAUUGGAUACUUUAAAAAGCAAGGUUUCACCAAGAAUAUUGCCAUGCCCAAAGGACGUUACCUGGGUCUCAUUAAAGACUACGACGGAGGAACCAUGAUGGAAUGCUACGUACACCCGUCCAUUGAUUUCACACGCAUUCCGGAAAUGAUCCAGGCCCAACGACAAUUCAUUUUGGGUCGCGUCGCAUACAAAGCCAAUUCGAGCAAGGUCUAUCCACCACUGCCCAAAGACUUUCGUCCCAAUGUGGAGGGCGUUUCCAGAGUCAAUGAAAGUGCGGCCCGUGCCAUGGCCAUUCCAGGGAUGCGGGAGGCUGGAUGGACCAUGAACGAUCUCAUCAAUGCGGGGGGACAAGGCAAGGAAGCCGACCGACAAAAGAAUGCACUGAAAAACGAAAUGCUGAGUAUUGUGCGAAAACUCGAAGAACAACAAUUUGCAUGGCCCUUUCGUGAGCCCGUGGAUACGAGUGAAGUACUGGACUACCUGGACGUUGUCACCGAACCGAUUGAUCUCUCCACCAUUGAGAAACGCAUCCGAAAGGGCGACUAUUACAAAUCCAAAAAAAUGUUACAUUCGGACUUGACGCUCAUGGUCAACAAUUGCAAGCUCUACAACGAUGAUGCCAGUACAUACGUCCAGUGUGCUGUCAGCCUAGAAAAGUACCUGGAACACUUAUUUAACGACGCUUGA